AUGUACGUUAUACCUCCGUACUUAUUAUAUACCUAUGAAGGAGGCAAAUUAAAGAAGAAGUUGGCUCGCCUCAGUGAAAGAUUGAGCAUUGGAAACGUGAUAUCUACAGAUUCUUCUUAUAAUUCCAUGAACCCCCUAGAGUUUGAAGUUGACAAUGGAGGACCAAACUCGAAAUUUUCUAACGAUCCGAUUCUUCACUCGAUAAUUAAGGAGAAAGUGUUGUACAAGUUAGCCAUAAUUGGAGUUUUGGGGACUAACCCCAUGGAGUUUAAUUCACACGAUGAUGUAUAUGCUUAUGAAUUAUUCAACACUUUCAAAUCGAGAUUGCUUGAUAGUGGGGCUGAGAAUGAAAGCGAAGACGUUAAUCGUGAUAAGGCGAAAGAAGGUACUGCAAAGGGGCCAUCUUCGAUAUUCAAUUCCACAAAAGUAGGUGAAGUUGAUUUUAGAAAUUGUCACGACAACGUCAAGUCGGAUGGGUAUCAGACAUAUUACGGCAUGUCAUUGAAAGAACUUUUGCGUACGGCUAGUUCCAGCUCCAAAGCAAGGUCAGGACGCACACCUACCUCAAUCAGGCUAGAUAAGGAGACACUUUUCGAUUACCCUCUCCCAAUCACAUGGACUCCGUUGAUGCACUCACGAUGUAUAUCACUGUUGAAAGACCAGUUUCAUUUAGAUAUAACACCUGAAGAUGGAUACGCAACGAUCACUAUGAAAUCUGAGGAUUCAGUCUCUGCUACCGACGACCUUGGUUUGGAGAUGCCACGUUUCUACAACUUUAUCACUGACCAACCUAUAAGCUCAUCAUUUGGGAUAUAUUACUACGAAUUGGAGAUUGAACAAGUGGCCACACAAGCGACAGAUUUCAAAACUUUGAUAUCCAUGAAUGACCCGUCUGUGAGCUCCAACUCAACUUUGGAGGUGCUUGCUGGUUUCACCAAAAGAGUUGUCACUUAUGACGCCAUGAAGGCAACUUUGAAUAAAACUACUCAGCCAAGUACGAUAGACUUGGAAAGUAUCAAGCAUGAUAUCCAUCACCCUGACGAAUUGGAUGGAUAUUCGAAUGCUGACUUGUAUAUGUUUCUCAACACCAAGCCAGGAGAGUUUAAAGGCAGUUAUGCUGUCAAUUUUGCUGACUCCAACUUUUACAAUUCCAUAAAGACUGCAGAAUCGCUGGGACGGGCACUGAUUUCAAAUAUGAAUAGGCGGCUCAGUACAAUUGGAAGGGCUCAACAACAAGAUCUUGACUCAGGUAAGAUCGAUAUCGGAGUUCCUUUUAAGACGAGGUUAGUGCUGGAUACUUUAUCGCGGAGAGAGUACAAAACAGACGUGAUUGGAUGUGGUAUCAAUUUCGUCAACAAGUCGAUAUUUAUAACUUUGAACGGUGUGUUGACAAAAGUCAUUAUUGAAAAGGACAUAGCAUCCAACCAAGGAGGUUCAAAUGAUUUGUUUGAGGUUGCAGGAACUGACGAAGCAACCGUUGAAGUUUUUCCAAUGUUGGGCUUUAAGUUAUCUGACGUUGGGAAAGUUGGCAAAGUUGGUAAAGUUGAUGAGUUAAGCACUUCCAAAAUCACAACCAAUUUUGGGUUUAAAGAGUUUAAGUUUGACAUUAGAAGUUAUGUGAAGCAAUUCAAGCGAGAAAAUCAAGAAGCAAUCUACUUGUCGUUGGUUGAAAAGAUCCGGCUGAGUACUGCCAAGCUGAAUGAGUCCAGUAACCUCAGUUUUACUGAGAGGUCGUUGCUACAUGUCAGUGACGACUCGCAAUUAUUGAACAAGUUAGUCAAGGGAUACCUAAUUCACCAAGGAUAUAUAAAUACUUUUAAAUCCCUCAAUGCUGAUUUGGAUAAGUUGAAUGCCACGGAUGCAGCCACGAAGGACGAAAGUGCUCGGCUUUUGACAUCAAGUCAUGCUAACAAUAGACAACAGGUGAAGAGUCUUUUACAGACUUACCAAUUUGAGAAGGUGCUUGGCUUUCUUGAUGAAAACUAUCAUCAUGAAUUUUAUGAGUCUGCUUCAGGCGUGGAUACCAUUUUCCAAAUCAAAUGGCUUGACUACUUGAUCGGCUUGAAGAUUUACAUUGACAGACGGUUAAAAUUGCAUGACAACUUCGAGUUCGAGUAUCAGGAGAGUGAACAAGAAAUGUUGAAUAAAAUAAUAUUCAAAAGACACAGGCUACUACAGCAAUACAGCCUGGAUGCCAUGCAAGAUGAAAUCAAUAAGCUUUCACCUUUGCUCCUAGUUCGUCUGAAACAAGAUCUCGAUAAACUACCAAAAGUGAGGAAACUAAUCCAGAAUCACAUGCUUUAUUUCAAUAAAGUGUGGUCAUCAAUUAACGCAGUGAUUUUGAAGAGUGCUGGAUUUAAAAGAACCUCAAAUCUUGAAAGGAUAUUCGAUGAUGUUGAUAAUAAUAUCGCGCACUUGAUUCAACGCGAUCGUGAUGACAAGUUCAAGCUACUAAACUUGGAGACUGAUUUUAUGGGCCCAAUUGAUUGA